AUGACAUCUGAUAAUGAUAUUUAUCGUUGGUAUGCAGAUGUGAUCGUCUAUCGGAUAUUUGGUCUGUGUAUUGCAUGUUUGGGUAUUAUCGGUGGAACACUUUCUUUACUUGUUUUUCGUCGUAAAACAUUACGAAAAAAAUCUUGUUCAAUUUACUUUCUCUUCUUGGCCUUAGCUGAUCUUCUGUGUAUGAUAUGUUGGCUUGUACAUUUUGUUUUACCAGCUUAUGAUAUUCAUCUCAUUACUAUAUCGAAUGUCUUUUGCAAAACAUUUGUAUUCGCUAUGUAUCUUGCCUUUGAUUUGGCCAAUUACCUUCUUACUGUAUGCUCAAUUGAUCGUGCUGCAAUCGUUCUGUUUCCAAUAAAAAGUCGUCAAUUUUGUCACCGCCGAAUGGCUUACAUAAUCACAUGUGUUUUAGUUCUAAUUCACACAUUAUUCAAUGGUCAUUUACUUUACGGUUUCGUUGUCUUAUCCGCUAUAUCCGAGUCAGGUCCGUCAACGCGAAUAUGUAUGCAACGUAUGGUUCCUGAGGGCUAUCAGAAAUUCUUCGCCGUAUAUGAUUCAUAUGUUGACGUUAUUCGAACAAAUGUUAUUCCAUUUAUAAUCAUGAGUAUAUGUAAUAUAAUUAUAAUUAAUCGAGUAUGUCGAUCGAAUUCCUUAAGAAAUUUUAAUGGAAAAUCUCGUAAUCGAAAUGGUAAAUCAAAGAAGAAAUAUGAAAAGGAUCGACAAUUAACAUUAAUGUUGCUUGGCUCAUCGAUUGCCUUUCUCGUUCUAACUCUUCCAACUGAAAUCAAUGACAUUAUUCGAUCACAUUCAAGUAAUCAACUUGUUACCGAAAAAGCAUAUCUUCUAACCGCAGUUUUACUUUCGCUUGCACAUCUGAACUAUGCCGUCCAUUUCUAUAUUUAUACAUUAACCGGUGAAGUGUUUCGUCAGCAAUUGAUGAAACUAUGGUUAAUCAAAGCUCUAUGGCCAUUACUAUCAAAAAUCUUUCGAUGUAAACAAACAUCAAAAGCAGUUUCAAACGAAACAAGUAACGUCACCCAAAACUAUCGCUUAGAUAUAUCACCUACUUUGAACAAAUACAACGAAAUUUCCGUUUCGGAAUUUUAA